CCGCGGCCUGUGGGAGACUCUGGAGUCUCCCAAGAUGCCCAUCAUAGUGUCGGACAUCAUGAAGCAGCUGUGCUCCGUCUCCCAGGAAAGCAAGAUGAAGGCAGCUGUCAAGCACUCUGGGAGGGGUGCCCUGGUCACAGGGGCUGUGGCCUUUGUUGGUGGUUUGAUGGGUGGCCCACCAGGACUAGCUGUUGGAGGGGCUGUAGGAGGUCUAUUAGGUGCCUGGAUGAUGAGUGGACAGCUUAAGCCAGUUCCACAGAUCUUAAUGGAGCUGCCUCCCGCUGAGCAGCAGAAGCUCUUUAAUGAAGCCACUACCAUCAUCAGGCACUUGGAUUGGACAGACGCUGUGCAGCUGACUACUCUGGUUAUGGGCAGUGAGGCCCUGAAGCAUCAGCUAAUGGCAAUGCUGGUGAACUAUAUCACUAAGGAGCUGCAGGCUGAAAUUCAGUACGAUGACUAG